AUGGCUCAUUCCAUUUGUUUCAUGGCAUUUCAGGUCUUGGCAGUGAUGCUCUUUGUUUCCUAUGAGGUGCAAGCUCAGCAAAUUUGCAAAUCACAUAGCCAAACCUUCAAAGGAUUAUGUUUUACCGACUCGUCGUGUGGAAAAGCUUGUCUCACAGAGGAGUUUAUAGAUGGACAUUGUAGCAAACUCCUAAGAAUGUGCCUAUGCACAAAGAUUUGUGUAUUUGACAAAAUUUCAAAUGAAGUUAAAACAACUUUGGGUGGGGAAGCAAAAUUUUUUAAGUGAAGCUUUGCUUGAAGAAGAGAUUAUGAUGGAGUAAUAAAGUGAGAUUAAUGAAUGAUUUGAGUG